AUGCACCAUUGGUAUACGUUAUCACCCGCAGCAGCGGUGCAUCUUCCAAUGACUUUGUGCGGGGGGCAGUGUUUCCGAUGGCGCAGGACAAAGAGAGACACUUGGGUUGGUGUUAUACAGUGUGCUGCCUAUGAGCUAUGUAUUUCCUCACACCCGCCUGUCAUAAAUAGAUCCCAUAAAAUCGGUGAAGACAGUGAAAUAAUAGCAAACUCAUCUUCAUUUGCUCAUGAAAACUUGAAGGAAACUAUUUGGUUCCGUUGUCUCAGUCAUGAACUAAAAAAUGAAUCUGAUAUAUCGCGUGAAAAAAAAUUUUUACAACAUUAUCUGGCAUUAGACGUUGACUUGGAAAAAUUAUGGAGAGAAUGGACAGUUGAGAAUUCUAUGCGUGAUCAUCCACUGGUAUCUCACCUUAUCUCACGUUUCAAUAAAGACCUUCCGCUCAAUAUUCGUCAUUUACGACAGGAUAUUCAUGAAACCCUCUUUGCUUUUCUUUGUUCGCAGAAUAACAAUGUAAAACGUAUUAAAGCUCUUCUGGAAAAAUUUGCUCUAUCCUAUGGAGAACAUUUGUGCGAAUAUAACCUCUUAACAGGGGAUGUACGCAACACCAAUGCAAAUAAAAAACUUAAAAAUAUGAAAACGAAAAAAGAGAAAAAGGGUAAUGAACUAAUAGGAGAAUGGAUUUCUCUACAUUGUCUUCCUACUAUUGCUCAAAUACUUAAGAGUUCAGAAGAUGAGUUACGUAUUCUUGGAUUUGGAUAUCGAAGUAAGUACAUAAUUGAGUGUGCAUCUAUCAUUAAGGCCAGUGGGGAAACUGAAUGGCUUAAUAAUGAAAGAUCUGUUCGGAGUGAUUCUCUUGUUCAUUCAUAUAAAUGGUAUGAUGAUUUACUUAAUCCCGUUAUUACCUUGUAUGAGCGACGAGAAAAACUACUUUCUCUUCCAGGGAUAGGGCGUAAAGUUUCAGAUUGUAUUCUUUUAUUUGGACUAGGUCAUCACGAGCUGGUUCCUGUAGACACGCACAUUGCACAGAUCGCGGCAAAGUACUUAAUGAAAGCAGAAAAACAUAAUAUUGGAAACAAUAACACGACACAAUACCCUAGUAGAAAGAGAUCUCGAUUUAAAGAAAAUUUAAAAGGUGAAAAGGAAAGUGAUGCCGUCAUGUCGUGGGAGACUGUGAUUUCAGAGUGGCACCAGAGAGGAAUCAGUAAAAAUUACAAGUUUUACCCUCUCUCCCCAAAACACCACGAUGCUAUACAAGCUGGAUUUCAGUAUCUUUUUGGAGAUUACUGCGGUUGGGCGCAUAGUAUUUUAUUCUAUGACAGUAUGAAAAAAGAAACAAGAUCUUAA